GUGCGCCAUAGGGUCGGCCGGGCGCAAAAAAGCGGCGCGCUCUGUGCCUCCCGCAACCCGGAAGUGGCUCGCGGCGCCGCCUCCGCCCUUCUCCUGCCCGGCGGCGGUGCGGGGGGGGUGAGGAGGAAGGGGGGCGGCUCCUGGUGUCGGCCCGGCCCAGGCGGAGAGUUGCCCGGAGGAGCCGCCCGCCAGAUAACUGACCCGGCGCAGCGAGCGCAGGGCGGCAUGCCGAGGCAGGAUGAACGUAAAAGAGGCUGGCGGUGCUUCUUGUCCAGAAAAGGUGGCCUACACUCUUCAUAUUUACCCCCAGCUCUCCGCCGAAAAUGCUUCCUGCUGCCGGGUAACGGCGACUAAAGACGCCACCACUGCCGACGUCAUCAAGGAUGUCAUUGGCUCCUUGAGGCUGGAUGUGUCUAAGCACUAUGUGCUGGUGGAGGUGAAGGAGUCAGGGGGAGAGGAGUGGGUGCUGGAUGGGACCGACUCCCCCGUCCACAGGGUCCUGCUUUGGCCCCGCCGGGCGCAGGACGAGCACCCUCGCCAAGAUGGCUACUAUUUCCUUUUGCAAGAGAGGAACACGGAUGGGACCAUCAAAUACCUCCACAUGCAGCUGGCCUCUGGGGAGGAAGAGGGGCAGCCGGGGGCCCGGCGGCUGGUCGAAAGGGGCUUCCUCCCUUGGCUGCAGGAGGACUUCAAUGAUCUGUGCAACCUGCCCAACUUGACAGAGGCCACGCUGCUGGAGAACCUCAAGCAGCGCUUCCUGAAGCAGAAGAUCUACACCUACGCAGGCAGCAUCCUCAUCGCCAUCAACCCUUUCAAGUUCCUGCCCAUCUACAACCCCAAGUACGUCCAGAUGUACGAGAACCACCAGCUGGGGAAGCUGGAGCCCCACAUCUUUGCCAUUGCUGACGUGGCCUACCACACCAUGCUGAAGAAGUGCAUCAACCAGUGCAUUGUCAUUUCGGGGGAGAGCGGCUCGGGGAAGACGCAGAGCACAAAUUUCUUGAUCCACUGCCUCACUGCCCUGAGCCAGAAGGGUUACGCCAGCGGAGUGGAGAGGACUAUUUUGGGAGCUGGACCAGUGCUGGAGGCCUUUGGAAACGCAAAGACAGCACACAAUAACAACUCCAGCCGGUUUGGGAAAUUCAUCCAGGUCAACUAUUUGGAGAACGGCAUUGUCCGGGGGGCUGUGGUUGAAAAAUAUCUGCUCGAAAAAUCUCGCUUGGUGUCCCGGGAAAAGAAUGAAAGGAACUACCAUGUGUUCUACUAUUUGCUGCUUGGUGUCAACGAGGAGGAGCGUAAGGAAUUCCACCUCAGGCAGCCCGAAGACUAUUUCUACCUCAACCAGCAUAACUUGAAAAUUGAAGAUGGGGAAGAUCUCCAGCACGAUUUUGAACGGUUAAAGCAAGCCAUGGAGAUGGUCGGUUUUCUUCCAGCCACAAAGAAACAAAUUUUUUCAGUGCUGUCUGCUAUUCUCUACCUGGGGAAUGUCACUUACAAGAAGAGGGCAGCAGGUCGGGACGAAGGCCUGGAGGUUGGGCCCCCGGAAGUGCUGGACAUUCUCUCUCAGCUGCUGAAGGUGAAACGUGAAAUCUUGGUGGAAGUAUUAACGAAAAGAAAAACAGUGACAGUGAACGACAAGCUGAUCCUGCCGUACAGCCUCAGCGAGGCCAUCACUGCUCGUGACUCCAUGGCCAAGUCGCUCUACAGUGCACUCUUUGACUGGAUAGUUCUGCGGAUUAACCACGCGCUCCUCAACAAGAAGGACAUGGAAGAGUCUGUUACGUGCUUGUCCAUUGGGGUCCUCGACAUUUUUGGCUUCGAAGACUUCAAGACGAACAGCUUUGAGCAGUUCUGCAUAAACUACGCCAAUGAGCAGCUGCAGUAUUAUUUCAACCAGCACAUCUUCAAGCUCGAACAGGAGGAGUAUCAGAGCGAAGGGAUUACGUGGCACAACAUUGACUACACAGACAAUGUGGCCUGCAUCCACUUGAUCAGCAAGAAGCCCACUGGCCUCUUCUACCUGCUAGACGAAGAAAGCAACUUUCCACACGCCACCAGCCAGACGCUCCUUGCAAAGUUCAAGCAGCAGCACGAGGACAGCAAGUUCUUCAUCGGGACCCCCGUCCUGGAACCCGCAUUCAUCAUCCAGCACUUUGCAGGCAAAGUGAAAUACCAGAUAAAGGAUUUCCGAGAGAAGAACAUGGAUUAUAUGCGCCCGGACAUUGUUGCCUUGCUGCGGAGCAGUGACAGCGCCUACGUGCGCGAGCUCAUCGGGAUGGAUCCGGUGGCUGUUUUCCGGUGGGCCACCCUGCGUGCGACAAUCCGAGCCAUGGCCGUCUUUGCAGAAGCUGGCCGCCAGAGAGCUCUGAAAACAGCAGGAGUGGUUCGCCAUGGACCCAGAGUUCCCCUCGGGGAACUCCAGCAAGCCAACACCCCGAUCGAGAGAGCUUAUCGCUGCUCAGUGCUUGAUUUCUCAUUUGAUUGCUCUGAGGAUUUUGAUAUAAACGCUUUCGAAGACAUCAUUGCUUCAUACGGAAGCAGGAAGGACUUGCAUGAGCAAAUAGUCCGGACUAUAAAGGCACUGCCCUGGCAGGGUGAAGAUCCCCGCAGGCUUCUACAGUCACUCAGCCGUUUCCAGAGGCCCAGCAGCCACUUCCUGAAGAGCAGGGGUCCUAAACAAAAGCAGGUCAUCCCAAAGAACUUGCUGGACUCAAAGUCCCUGAAGCUCAUUGUGAGCAUGACGUUGCACGACCGGACCACGAAAUCUCUCCUUCACUUGCACAAGAAGAAGAAGCCGCCAAGCAUCAGCGCUCAGUUCCAGACAUCCCUCAACAAGCUGCUGGAGACCCUCGGCAGAGCUGAGCCCUUCUUCAUCCGCUGCAUCCGCUCCAACUCCGAGAAGAGGGAGCUUCUGUUUGAUGAGUGGCUUGUGCUCCAGCAGCUAAGAUACACAGGGAUGCUGGAAACCGUGAGGAUCCGCCAGUCUGGCUACAGUGCCAAAUUUAACUUCCAGGAUUUUGUCGACCAGUUCCAAGUGCUGCUGCCCAAGAACGCCGAAGCCUCUCGGGAGGAGAUCUUAGCCUUGCUGACCAAGCUGCGGCUGGAUACAAACAACUAUCAAAUAGGGAAGACCAAGGUGUUCAUGAAGGAAGCUGUGCGGCAGGUGCUCCAGGAGACUCUACACAAGGAAGUCAUCCAGAAAAUCAUCCUCCUCCAGAGCUGGCUGCGGAUGGUGUUGGAGAGAAGGCGCUUCCUCCGGGCCCGCCAGGCAGCCGUCACUUUGCAGGCUUGCUGGCGUUCAUACCGCGUCCGCAGGGCGCUGGAGAGGGAGAACGCUGCCGUCUACAUCCAGUCGGCAUGGCGUGGUUACAGGGAGUGGAAGUCUUACCGCCAGACGAAAGCAAGGAUUUGCCUCCUUCAAGCUCUGGUCCGAGGACACCUCCAGCGUAAGAGAUUUCAUCGAAUGAUCACAGAUAGAAAGCAAGAGGAAGAAAAACAUUGCGCUCUCGGGCAGCAGGUGAAUGGGCUAGGCCAGCCAGCGGAACCCAUCUCAAACCAGGAAGCUCUGGAGGUGCCACUGGAGGGAACGGCUGGGCCGACAGCAGAGGACAACGGCAGAGCUGAAAAUGGGGAUGCAGGGAAGCAGUCUCCUCUCCUCUCCCCAAAGGGCGCAGCCAGCAGCCGGGAGAAGCGUGAAUCCCGCCGGCAGAGGGGGCUGAAGCACAAUGAGCUGCAGAACAAGCACGUCACCUUUGCCUUCGAGGAGCAGCCCGGAGUCUCCCCCAGCAGGGCGAGGGUAGUGGAAGCAGGCCAAGAGCCUGGGCGGCCUGUGAUGGAGGAAGAGCAGGCGGCGGGCGUCGCUUCUGAACCUCUUCCCAACAGCGCACAGGGGGAAGGGGCACGAGGGAACGGCGUUCCUUUGGACAGUGCCACGCCACUCCCCAGCCUGCCCCAGGGACUGAAGCAAGAGGAAAGGGCAGCUAAAGAGGAGACAAACGGACUAGGGAGGGUGGACAGCCCCAAGAUCCGCGUCAGCCAAAGCUUUACGUAUCCCGAGAGGCCCUCGGAGCUGGCCUUGAGCCUCCCAAACAACCUGGCCUCGAGCCAGAGUUUCCGGAGCCCCGCCAGCAAGAACAAGCGGGUUGCUCAGAAGGACCUAGACAGCCUCCCGUCCUUCCACCUCCAGCGGUACCAGGACGACCCAGGCAAGCUGCGGGACAAGCGGGAGCGCUGGAAAGGGAAGAGGCGGCUGGCCAGCGGGCAGAAAGAGGCGCUCAGCCAGUCCUUGGACGAGAGGAGCGAACCUGCCCAAUCGCCUCUGCAGCUGAUAAAAAAAGCAACAGCUUCUUCCUUGGACGACAUCCCCAGGCUCGCUCUGCCUGCAGGUACCCAGCCACCGCCUCUGGACGUGGGAGAAGGCGACAGGAAUAACAAGAAGCCUCUCAUGCCGAGGCCGGCCAAGGAGCCUCCUUCCAUUCUGGAUGCAGCCAGCCCCACCACCCAACCCGGCCAGCAGGUGGACGGCAGGGGUGCCUUCAAGAGCCCCCUGCAAAGACUCCUGGGGAAGAAGCCGCAGAAGAAGAACCUCAAGGAGAGUUCCGACGCCUCUGAGGAGGGCGAGGCCUGCCCGCUCUUGGCAUGCGUGCUGCCUGUGGAAGCAGUGGCGGCAACAGAAGCUCCUUCUGGGCCUCCGGAUCGCCCCCUGGUGGAGGAGCGUCCGGGAAAAGAAGCAAGUAAAAGUAAGAGAAGCCGCACCAUUAAGAUCAGCAAAGCCAAGGCGGCCCCAGAGAAGUGGCGGGUGCCGUUCCUCAGGGAGAUUGCAAAUGCCAACGAACUGAAAUACUUGGACGAAUUCCUCCUCAACAAGAUAAAUGAUCUUCAUUCCCAAAAGUCUGCCAUCGAAUGCUUGUUUUUUGAAGCUACUGAGAAGUUUCGUGGGAACAUAAAGACCAUGUAUUCUGCCCCUAACGGACAAAUCCACGUUGGCUACCGAGACUUGAUGGAGAAUUACCAGCUCCUCGUGGUCAAUAUGGCAAAGCAGAAGGAGGAAAAGGAUGUCAAGCUGGUCCUGAACCUGUUCCAGUCCCUUCUGGAUGAGUUUGGUCGCAGUUAUGCCAAGAAGGAGGAACAGCUGGGACAGGCCAAGCAGAGCAAGGCCCAGAAGAAGAAGCGGAAGCAGGAACGCGUGAUUGAGGAGCUGAACGGCCACGUCUUUGUGAGCUACCAGGUGAAUAUCCUCCAGUCUUGCGAGCAAUGCUGUUCCUACAUCUGGCCGAUGGAAAAGGCCUGUCUUUGCAGGAUCUGUAAGCUGACUUGCCACAAGAAAUGCCUGUCCAAGAUCCAAAGCGGAUGCGUCUCCUCGCUAGCAAAGAAGGGCGACCCAGAGCCAGAGCCGCGUCACUUUGGGGGGCGUGUCAGCACCUUGACGAGCGAGAAGAACUCGGUCCCCAUCGUCAUGGAGAAGCUGCUGGAGUACGUGGAGAUGCACGGCCUCUACUCGGAAGGCAUCUACCGGAAGUCGGGCUCGGCCAACCGCAUGAGGGAGCUCAGGCACUCCCUGCAGGCAGACCCAAACUCGGUGCGGCUGGAGACCUACCCCAUCCACACAAUCACCGGGAUCUUCAAGCAGUGGCUGCGGGAGCUUCCAGACCCACUCAUGACGUUUGCCCAGUAUCAUGACUUCCUCCGGGCUGUGGAACUUCCAGGGAAGCAGGAGCAGCUGUGCGCCAUCUACAGUGUCCUCGAGCAGCUUCCACGAGCCAAUCACGACACGCUAGAGCGCCUCAUCUUCCACCUUGUCAAGGUAGCCCUAGUGGAGGAGGACAACCGCAUGUCUCCCAACGCCCUGGCCAUUGUCUUCGCCCCGUGCCUCCUGCGCUGUCCGGACAACUCCGACCCCCUCACCAGCAUGAAGGACGUCUCCAAAACGACCACAUGUGUGGAGAUGAUCAUCAAGGAGCAGAUGAGGAAGUACAAGGUGAAGAUGGAUGAGAUUUGCCAGCUGGAGGCCGCAGAGAGCAUCGCCUUCCGACGGCUUUCGCUGCUUCGGCAGAGCACACUAUGGCCUGUAAAACUUGGUUUUUCUUCUCCCCGUGAGGGAGCACUGAGCAAAUAUCCUGUGAGUCCAGGGGGGAAUGACAGCACCUCGCCAAAGCUGGGCUUUAUCCCUGAGGAAGAGGAAAGAGACAGCCGGGAGAAGGAGCUGUUGAUUGAGCGGAUCCAGUCGAUCAAGGAAGAGAAGGAAGACAUCACGUAUCGGCUGCCAGAGCUGGAUCAGCGGGGUUCCGACGAGGAGAACCUCGACUCCGAGGCGUCAGCCAGCACGGAGAGCCUUCUGGAGGAGCGUGUGGGGUGCCCAGACCCUGAAGGAAGGGAGGAGGCCCCCUUUCCGUGCCUCCCGUCGUCUGCCAAAAGCGUGGCUGGGUCGGCAAGCGUCCUGGCACACCCAGCCCUGGCAAGCCUCGCUCCCUCCGCCUCAGCCGCCAGGUGUGGGCCGUCCUUGCUGGUGCUUCAGGAAAGGCCGCACCAGUGACCUGCUGUGCUCCAGCUGCUCCUGAGGGGUGAGCUGACUGUGGGAAGGGCCAGGGCUUUCUGCUCUUCCACCGAUUCUGCACAUGGACAAGCCCGGUACUUAAGAAGCCCUGACGUUUGGCAGAAAGGAAUGGCUGUGGCCACGGCCAGGGCUCUUGCGUGCCGUUCAGUCUGGGAACGCUUUGCACCUUCUCCUCCAGGAGUUAGGUGGCCCCAGCCCUGAGCCCUCUGGGCCUCCCCUGGUCUGAGGCGGGAUUCCUUCUCUUCACCCCCCCCCCCGCCAGUUGUGCCUUCCCUCUCUUCCUUGGAACAGGCUCUGAUAGGACCAAAAGGAGAGUCGAGACAAGUAACUAUCCAUCUCCAUCGGAAACCCCCAUCUGGCCCGUUUUUCCUCGACAACUUUCCAAGUGGUUUACAAGAACUUUUUAAAAUUUUGUAAUAACCCUUGACAGAGACCAAAAAAAAUAUGUAUCGUUGUUUAUAUCAAUACAAUGCACUUUUCUGAGAAGAAA